AUGUCUGUGGCAUCACUUUCGUCCUCGUUGUCUUCAUCGGCUGCCUCUUCCACGCUGCUUCCUGCAGGGCCUUCCUCUAGCCAGUUCAAUAUCGUAUCCUCCGAUCAGCUCCCUACGUCUUGCUCCCCCACGUUCAAGAGUCAUUCAGGUGGUCCUGUUUCAAGCCUAACACCUUGCUCGUUUACCUCUACACCUUCAAUGGGUCAGGUAAACAGCCGCCCACAGGUUUCUACGGCAUUUUCACCACCGUCAUCACCGUCUGUUCCUUCGGCGAGCGCUAGUCUGUCAACAGGAUUUCGCUUCGCGCGUGCCUUUGGUGGACGACGGAAAAAGUCGGACACUGUUAAUGCCUCUUCUGGCUCAUCGCAGAAUAGCGGCAGCAGAGUGAGGGAGCCCCAGACCAGCGACGAAUUCUUCCCUGGGACCCCGCGUAGUGCGCCACCCCGCCCGUAUGGAGCCAAGCAGCUAACUCUCUCCCUCGCUUCGCAUAUGUUCAGCAAGAAACACACAGGUUCAUCCCCCAUCUCACCUGCGCUGAGCCUUGCGCCGCCACCGCCUCCACCGAAGAUUGCUGCGCCACAUCCCCCGUCACACCUUGCACCCGUGGACACAAACGUCGACAAGCGAGUCUCAGUAAUGACGACCACAAGUCCUAUUGUUCCAGCUUUGGAUUACAUGCGUAGAACGGAUGAUGUUGCAGAAUCCGGCCCAUCCUCCAAGGAGAAUGAAAGAAGAGAUCUCGAGAAGUCGGAACUGAAGGAGAUCCGGAGAAAGAGCGAUUCCACGUUGAGCCAUCACACAAUCAAGCCUGGUUUUGGAACCAGAUGCCCUCGUCCAGUUUCAAUGGCAGAAUCACUGCAGUCGAAUCACACCAUCGUCCCGGUCAGCAAGCGCUUGAGUGCGUUUCAUGACAACUUUAUGCCUGAAGAAGAGGACGGUGAGAGGAUUGCAGAGAAGGGAUUCCACACUCCGUUGCGCUCUACGUCACCUUUCCGUCGAGGGUCUCCUGCGUCAUCCAUCAAAGUGGGCCGUGACAGGCGUUCACAGUCCCUCAAUCUCGGCCCCCCCUUGACAUUGAUGGCGUCGGCUCCGGAUUGCACAGCAGCGACCGUGUCCAUGAGUAUAGAUGCCACCCCUGUUGUUCCCAGAUCCAUGUCAGAGGAUAAGGGAAGAUCAGUGACACCUGUUGGAUUCUCAUCCCUGCAUUCCAGAAGGCCAUCACCCGUGCCGUCGCGCACGAAUGAUAGUUACUUGGACAGUCGCCCGUCUUCUCCUUCGCAUUCAGAGCGUAAUUUACCGGACAUUCCUGCGCCGCAGCGGCGCAUUCCACUAGCCUCGCCAGGAUCACCUUCGCCACCAUCAUUUCGACAGACAGCCAUUAGCAUAACUGGUCUUGCCCCUGCCGCUGGCCUUGCUAGGCGUGCCGUUGAGAAGAUGGGUCGCGUUUGGGGCAAGGCUUCCUCCCCUGGUUCGAGCUAUCCAUCACAUCAAGGCUGGACACCCAGCAGUCGCUCCUCGCCGCUCUCACGGGCGAGUUCCGGCACGGAUGAGCCACCUAUCAAGAAAUAUGGACACGCACCUCAACCGUCUUCUGGGAGUUGGAGUAUCAGUUCGGCUAGCUCAUCUUCUGAUCAUGAAGGUCUCAUGUCUUCUGGCCCUAUUCUUGGAAAGCGUCUGCGUGGCCCGGUCCGCCUGAGUCCUAGGGGUGCCGGCGUCGCUGGUGGACUCGUCUUUGGACGAGACAUGAAGACGUGCGUCAGGGACACGGCAAUUGACUCGGUUCGCGCCGCAUUGCGUGCCAAGGAAUUCGACAACAGCGCCACACACGAUGCAGACAGCACGGCGAACAGUGCUUCAAGUGUUCCUUCAGCUGCGCUGGAGAGUCGCCGUUUACCUGCAUUAGUUGUCAGGUGUGCACAGCACAUCCUUACCUGGGGCAUACAAGAGCUUGGGUUGUUCCGCGUCAAUGGGAGGUCGUCUCAUGUAGCCAAGUUACGGUCAGAAUUUGAUACCGGUGCCGACUUUGAUAUUGCUCAAUGCAAUCCUGGUGAUCUCGACCCUCAUGCCGUGGCAUCAAUCUUCAAGGCAUACCUCCGCGAACUUCCUGAACCAAUUCUAACGAAUGCGCUGUCAACUUCCUUCGAGGCGGCAAUGACAUCGGAGCGUCUUACGAACAAUUCGCCGGAACCUUUCCCAAGUCCACGGAGCAUCCACCCCGGGUUGCGCAAGCCUCCUUCGUUAUCUACUCUGGCUAUGCCGAACUUCUCAGGAUUACAUCCACCAUCAGAGCCGCUUCGCAAGGCACUCUCCUCGCUGAUCGCCCUCCUGCCCCAGGAAAACCGUGAUCUUCUACUCACGGUCACCGAGCUUAUCAAUGCGACAUCUCAACGCAGUCAAGACACAAAGAUGCCCUUAAACAAUCUGCUGCUUGUUUUGUGUCCAAGCUUGAGUAUGAAUCCGUCUUUGUUGCAGGCGCUAUGUGAAAGCAAAGGUAUCUGGGAUGGUGUUCAGCCUCCUGUUGAUACCAGCCCGCCUGUCCGCCCUUCGCGGGAGAGCGUCCCAUCCCUCCACGACGUGGUGGAAGAAGAACAGCUCGACAAGCAAGAUGAUAGGAUAAGCCCAACACACGACGACUCCCGAUCCUACCGGGCACUUCCAGAGGUUCCUACUGAUGACGUGAUGGAGCCACUCACCGCCCCAGCGAAUACGCCUGUUGACUCGUCGCAAUCCUCAAUAGCGACGAGGCCAAGCCUGGAUGCUGCGGGGUCGACAUCUGACGCAUCAUCUUUCGCACCCACAGAUGAUAGUUCUUCGGUGUCCCAGUCCUCGCAGCGCGAACAUCCAAUAACCCCGCCUUCUGUCAAGGUCAAGCUGCUAAACCCUUACUCCCCGCCGUCACUCUCAUCCUCAACUGACUCUCUGUCCAGCCCUUCUAUCUCGUCGAACUCUCCCAUGCGGUCUACCAAGUAUCUUCCAUUCUUGGAUGAUUUUAGUAACCCUCAAACCUCGACCUCGCCACACACCCUAAUCAUCACCGAUCCGGCAUCCCUCUCCCUACCGUUUCCUUCCACCGGUGGAGACCUCGCACAGCACACAGUUAUGCAUCGCAAGUCAACGCCUUCUAUGACAUUCCCUUUAGUUCAACAGGCCGAUAUUCCCCGCUCCAAUUCUCUUGCUUCCCGCGCAAAAAGAAUGAAAAAGCCAUCUCUCCAUUUACUCUUUUCUAAACGCUCUGCUUCACCCAUGUCUUCACCCGCCAACUUCGCUCCGACAUAUUCACGGAAUUCGUCCACAUCAGAGUCGCCAGUAUCCAUGAUGACAGCUCAGUCUACCAGCAGAUUCAGCUUCCCUCCCGUGCUGAACACGAAAAUCGACUCAUCUUCCAUCUCACUCGCACUAGGCAUUGAGGAGGAAGAGCAAUCGGACCUUGCUACUACUGUUGGGCACGGAGCUACCAAGAAUGUGGCUAUUGAGCCUCGUGAUUCGAUGGCCCUCCUGACGCCAGUAUUACCUGGUGGACUUCCAAGAUCCCCGGUGACGACGUCCGCGCAAGCACCCUAUCGUCAUAUCGAUGUAUCCUUUCCAGACGACGAUGAAUUCAGCGAGGAUGAUUGGACGCAAAGUGUGCUGUUGGCGGGGGAUUCAGUUUGGUGA